AUGUCUUCCUCAUCAAGCGAUGAAGCAAAUAAAGCUUUUGAUGAAAUGGUCGACAAAGUUGUUGAUAAUUUCAUAGACACAGUAGUUGAUGGUCAAACCAACUACCGGAAGAAACGAGCUUAUAUCGAAAGAGAUCGAGAGCGAGGACACAAUCAACUAUGGAAAGACUAUUUCAUGGAAAAUCCUACAUACCCACCUGAAAUGUUUAGGAGGCGUUUUCGAAUGAACAAACCACUGUUUCUUCGCAUUGUCGAGCGUCUAAGUAGUGAAGUUCCAUACUUUCAGCAAACAAGAGAUGCUGCGGGAAGGUACGGGCUUUCUCCCCUUCAAAAGUGUACGGCAGCUAUACGUAUGCUCGCAUAUGGUCAGUCGGGAGAUACAUAUGACGAAUAUCUCCGACUUGGUGACAGUACAUCACGUUUAUGUUUGGCAAAUUUCACUGAUGCAAUAAUACAGUUGUUUGGAGAUGAGUAUCUACGAAGACCUACCCCCGAGGAUCUUCAACGAUUACUCGAUGUUGGAGAGGUACGAGAGUUUCCGGUGAUGAUAGGCAGCAUCGACUGUCGUAAAGCCGAGAAAUUUGCUGAAAAGCAAGAAUCCGCCAGAAAAGAUGUCGAACGGGCUUUUGGAGUAUUGCAAUCGAGGUUUGCAAUUGUUAAAAACCCAGCUCUACAAUGGGACAAGGAAAAUAUAGGAAAGAUAAUGAAAACUUGUAUCAUAUUGCACAAUAUGAUAGUAGAGAACGAACGACACGGAUACGCUCAAAUUAAUACAUCUGAGUUUGAGUCAGGAGAGUCCAGCAGAAGUUCAAGGGUGAGAAGCAGAGAUAGUAUUCAUGUCGGUGAUAUGUUAGGCAUCCGCAGAGAAGUUCGAGAUUUAGAGAAGCAUGCUCGAUUGAAAGCUGAUCUAGUGGAAAAUAUUUGGCAAAAGUUUGGUGAUGAAGAUGAAUAA